AUGCUAAGAAUAAUGAAAAGUAGGUUCUUAAAUUUCUUAAUACUAAGUUUCUUAUUUACAAAUUUAUUACAAUCUUUUGAUGCUCAACCUGUUCCAACUCCAUCUCCAAAUUCACAUUCACCCGCCGCCCCUGCUCCGUCUCCAAUUUUUCCUCCAACUUCGCCUACACCAGUGCCCAUUCUGAAUCCCAACUCGCCUGUUCCAACUCCUUCUCCUACACCUUCUCCUUCUACAAAUGCAUCAGAACCGGAACCUCCUGCGGCUGGUCGAGGAGAUCCUUCUGGUCUUAGCGGCGGUCAAAAGGCUGGGAUAGUCAUAGGAACAUUACUGGGAGCAGCCCUGUUAGGUUUCUUUGGAUUGGUUUGCUGGAAGCGCCAAAGUAAUGUCAGAAGAAACCGUUAUAGUAAUGCUGCAAGAAACAUUGAACUUUGA